CAGAACAGGCUUUUAGACACUCCAGAAAGAAAGCGUCCCUGCCAGGAAGACGCAGCAGAGCGCUGCUUUCAUCGUGGUGUGAAGAACUUGGACGACUCUUGUUGCUACGUCACCAGAAAAGCCGGCAAAACGACCCUCCGGGGAAGCUGCCCAUGCAAGCACCCAUGAACUCCAUGAAACCUUCCCUUUCGCAUAGGUGCAUAUGUGACGGCUGCCACCUUGACAGACCCCAGAGAUUGAAACGGGGACCUCCAGAGCUGAAAGCUGAUGGAUCAUUUCCUUAUGACUCUGUUCCUUGGCAACAAAAUAGUAACCAACCACCAGGUUCCCUAUCGGUGGUCACGACAGUAUGGGGUGUGACUAACACAUCACAGAGCCAGGUGCUGGGAAAUCCCAUGGCCAACGCGAACACUGCUAUGAACCCAGCAGGCAACCCCAUGGCUUCUGGGAUGACGGCCAGCAAUCCUGGCAUGAAUUCCCCUCAGUUUGCAGGACAGCAGCCGUCUUUCUCGGCCAAGGCCAGCUCCAACCAGUCCUACAUUCAACAAAGCAUGUACGGACGACCCACUGCAUAUCCCGGCAGUGGAGGCUUUGCGGGAAGGUUUGUUCCUCUUUCCAGAUGGGUCCGGCACAGCCUUACAACAGCCAGUUCAUCAACCAGCCUGGCCCUCGCGGUCCCGCUUCCAUGCCAGCCAACCUGAACCCGGCAUCCAUGGGGGCGAGCAUGACGCCUUCCAAUAUGAGCGGGCCACCCAUGGGCAUGAGCCAGGCCAGACCUCCGGGAAUGAGCCCUUUCAACCAUGGGCAGAGGAUGCCCCAGCAGGCUUACCCUGGUCCCCGUCCCCAGUCGUUACCCAUGCAAGGCAUGAAGAGAACAUAUCCUGGAGAG